CAUCAAAUAAACCCCUCUACAAAAUCCCAAGCGGUUGUAUAAAAUUCUAGAUAAAAUUUUUUUUGAAUCCUUUCUAAUUCCGCUAAUUUACUUUUCAAAAAUUUCCAUUCUUGUUAACUUUUCUUCUUUUGUGAAUUUCUCAAAUUUUCAGUUUCCAUUUCUUUCCUCCCUAGAGAUCACAAGUUUGCAGUGAAAUGGUGAUAGAAAAGGAUGAAAUGAAAGACUCCAUGGAUUAUAUUUUGAAUCCUCUUAAAUCUAACUUGAGUGAUGAGACUUGGAUCUCCCCUGAAGAUAUAAUUUGGGUAGAUUCUUGCCUGAACCAAGAUGUGGAUACCUCUGAUACCAAUUGGGCUUCUAUUAAAGAUGCCUUAAUGGAAAUCAUCAGUUCUGAAGUUGAAUUUCCUGUGAAACGAUCUGAAGCUGAGAUUAGUACGCAGACUGCUGAUGAAAUUCUUCGUUCUGGAGAGAACACGACAAGUAUGGAAGUUGGUGAAGCAUCUGUUAAAGAUGAGAUCUUUAGAGCAUUGGAAGGCAUUGAUAUUUCUGAAGAUGAUGACGAUAACGAUAAUCUUAUAUUUGGAAAUAAUAGGGGUCGAGUCGGGAGAAAAAUCCUUGGAAACAGUGUUUUUCGCCCAAAUUAUUCCGAAGACAUAAAGGUAGAGGAUGUUGAUUCUGAUUUGAACUCGAGUUUAACAACAAAUGACAAGUUCUCUUUAUCAGAUGAGAUUUUCAAGAUUUGGGAUCUUGAGAUUACGAUCGAGCAAGAUGAUUUUACACUACAAUUGAACAAGGCCCUUGCUGGGUAUGCUCCUUCACAUAUUCAACCAAAUACUGACGUAACUGCAUUGAAGGAUAUAAUGCAUGCAUCUAUAGAUGACAUCGUUUCUGGCAUUGGUGAUCUUUCUCUGAAUCAAGAUACAAAAUAAUGUUUUCUUUUAAAAACUUUUCUCUUAUUUUAGUCGUUUAUACAUUUAAAUUUGUAUUUAGGCGAUUUUCUGUCCUUGGCUUGAUUUUUCUAGAUUUAGGAAAUUGUAAUAAAAAUUCUGCUUUUCUGGUGAAUUAGCAUCUUUAGAAGUCUUCCUAGUCUAUUAGAAGUUAAAAAGGUAUUGACUUUCUUCACUGUUAUUAUACAAUUCCUCUGAAAAUCCGUACCCA